UUACAUUCACUUAACAACUGAAUCAUAAUUAUACAAAGAUGAGUUUGAAUUUAAAAAUAAACGAAGAAAUUAUUAUUGUCGCCUGUUGUAAACUCUAAAACUUAAGAAACUAAAUUAAACAAGAUACAGGUAUUCAAAGAAGAUGAUUCAUCAUCAUCAUAAUAUGACUUUGAAAAAGUUUUUUUGGCAAUCAUCUUAAAUAAGUUUCAAAAUUAAACCACAAUUACUGUAUUAUGUUAGACGAAAACUACUGUAUUUAAAACGAGAUUACUGCUGGAUUAUUCACACUCACGUUACAAAUACUUAAUAAGCAAUGCUGUACGUUCUCCGUUAUUUUGUUGCGGCCAUCGUGUUUACCAGUGCACGUGGAGCAGUGUUUGACGUUGAAACGGAACAAGACGUUGUGAACGUUAUACAGGCCACGUUAGAAUGCCGUCACGUAUCGGGUAUGACCGUCGGCAUCUUCAAAGAAAACGAAACAUGGACACGAGGCUUUGGGAUGGCUGAUUUAAAGAGCGGGCGACCUGUAGACGGAGACACCUUGUUUAACAUUGGCUCUGUGACCAAGUCAUUUACCAUGGCUUUGCUGGCGAUCCUGCUUAAAGAAAAUAAAUUACAUUGGACGGCGAAGAUAUCCGAUAUUCUUGGCUCAGAGUAUGGGUUCAUUGACGACUAUAGGAUACGGGAGACAACUCUUCGAGACCUUUUGACACAUAGAACAGGCCUUGCCAACCCCGACAUUGGGUUCAUGGCUGGGUUCCCAUCAUCUAUAUCGAGGGAAGACAUGUGCAAAAGAAUGAGGUAUCUACCAGAGCAAAUCCCUUUCAGGGACUCCUUCAUCUACAACAAUUACAUGUACAUGUUACUUGGCCACGUCACAGAAAAGUUAGGUGGAGACACGUGGGAAAAUCUUCUGAACUCACGAUUUUUUGUACCCCUUGGAAUGAAGUCAACUAAAAUACUGAAGAAGACAUCAGACGUUCUUGCAAGUGAUAUGGCGCAUCCGUACAUAUACAAGGACGACUCUUUUGAGAACUCAACUAUAGAUAUUUAUGAACUACAUCCGGCAGAGCCAGCAGGAUCGAUAUUGUCGUCUGCAGAGGACAUGGUGCUCUAUUUACAGUUUGUUCUGAGCAAUGGGAAAACAACGACUGGGGACCAGUUAGUAGACACUAUGCUUUUGAGGGAGGCUUUUUCAGUUGCUUUACCUGUGAUUAGAGGGGAUGUCCCCGUGUCCAAACCGACUUUCCCCGUGUCUGAUGUGGUAGGCGGAUAUGGAUACGGAUAGUAUGAGAGUAAUUAUGAUGGUAUGUAUUCAAAUAAUUAUAUAGUGAAUCUUUAUGACAAAAGAUAUUUAAGGCGAGAAUUACUUAACAAUUGAUUUUUAGAUUUAAAAUUUAAUUGUCUUAUCCUGUUUUUUCACUAGUUUUAUUUUCAAAGUUUAUCUGAAACAACUACA